AUGGAAGAAAAUGCUAGUAUUUGCUAUUUACAAAUGACUUCCUCUUACUUUUCAAAAAACUGGAAAACAACAUAUAAGUGUGUUUUUUCAGGAUAUAAUACAUAUCAAACUCUUAGUUCAUUAUUAGGUAACCAAUAUUGGAGUGUUCGAUAUUAUAAGUAUAAUCAGGUUUCUUAUAUUGUAUUAUUUAUUCAAACGAUUGAUGAAGAUUUAGUUCUAGCAUUAGAUGCUCUAAUCACAAAAAAGGUAGCCAAAAAAGUACUUAAAAAAAAAAAUCAAAAUACUAUUGAUAAAGAAGAUCCUUCUCUUAUUGUAACUUUAGAAAAAAAUAUAGCUGAGAAACCAAAAUUUAUAGUAGAUUAG